ACACGAUCGCCAUAGAAAAUAAUUGAGGCUUAAACCGUUGGAAACCAGUCCAAAGCCUGUGCGUUCGACUGAUCAUGGCGACGUCCAGUGCACUUCCUUCAUUCCGACAAAAACGGAACUCGUUUUCCAAUCUAAAUGUGCCCCGACGUUUCCAUAUCCCACUAUUACUUCUCCGUGCAUUUUGCCUCUUACCAUAUGUGUUUGGCGUAUUCCAUAAUACAAAAGCAGCUUGGAGCAUAGUCGAACGCGAUGCAGGCGGCGCCUUGGUAUUACAAAGCUCCGCAACAGAUUACUGGCUCGCAAAUGGCUGGUGCGUGCUAGCUGGCUACUGGUGCUGGAUUUUAACUACCAAUUUGAUGCGACGUUGGCUGUACCUUUAUAGUGUGGCAAAUGCUUCAUUUCGUAUCGUUACACUGAUAAUUGUCAAUGGCUUGGUUACAGCGCUUGUUCAGUCUUAUGUUUCAGUUGAUCAGCCCAUCAAAGUGUGGUUCACUGUGUCCUGUUUUCUACUAGUGGCGAAUAUUCUGCGUUUACGGUUCGACCCACGCCCCAAACACAGCGAAAAGACGGAAAAUCUUCAUAACGCCAAGAUUGAUACCGAGCUCAUUGCUGCUAAAAUGCUAGCACUAACUUUCUUCUUCAUGAUCGGUGUCACCAUGCUAUUUACCCUUUUCCAAAUCGAUGCAUUAAACUAUACCUCGACCCAGCUUAUGCAUCCAUCUUUUGCCCUAGCGGAUCAGCUGCCGGCUGACGCGAGUAUCAUUGUCGUUAUUCUUUCAUCUUGGUCCACGCAAGCCAUGAAGCGCCGUCAGCAACUGCGACAGACAUCCUUGAAACUGAUACCUCAUGAAAACGUACAAUACCGUUUCGUGAUCGGCCAAUCACCUUCAGCUCGAGAUGAAUUGAAAUUGCGUCAUACGUUGCAAGAGGAAUCACAGCGAUUUAAGGAUCUCCUUCUUGUCCCAACGUCUGAUCUCAGAAAAGAUAGGGGCCGAAAAUUGCUCGAAGCGUUACGAUGGUCGACAAAGAAUCAGUAUAAUUAUUUGAUCAAGACGGACGACAACGUGUUUGUGCGUUGGGAUACGGUUAUCAGCGAAUUACAAACCCUGGGUCCGCAGACCGCGUAUUGGAAGGGAUUGACAUAUCGCAAUAUGCCACCAAACGCGUUUAGGGAAAAAGCAAUCGACCCCGAUUACGGCAUGCCAAUUCUACCCACCUUUGUCUCGGGUAACUUGAUCGUUUUGUCAUACGAUACUGUUCAGUACGCGGUUGGCAUUCCAUCACCCCAUCGCUUCCUUGCCGACGAUGCGCAAAGUUUAGCUGUGUGGCUCUUUGGUUACAAUAUUCAACCUCAGCACGAUUUACGAGUUCAAGAUAUCAACGUCUGUGAAGAGGAUCAGGUGGCGAAACGAUUCGAUAAUGGAAAGUUAUACCUCAUGGAAACAAUGUAUAACAACAUCAAGGCGGGGGCAUCCCAAUGUAACGGAUUGGAUACGAGCAAAUGUGCUGUUUGCUAUCCAUGCCAUGGUAAAAAGGACGAUUGGCGAUCGAUGAACUUGGCAUGUGAUCCUUUCAAAGGUGUUACGUUGCGACAACAAAAAGAUUUCACCAAAGUGUCAGGCUCGUCCGUCAAAGAUGAUUUGUUACCGUCUCAGAUGACAUCGCAUGACGAGUGGAUUAUCAAGGAUAUUUUAUCACCAAGCACUUCUGUUUACUCCGAUACUGAGGAUUGGCAUUUGUUAUACUGGGUGUGUUGGACAAGUGAUGCAUCUACAUUCACCGAUCGGCAUUGGCGAGCUCUGGAGCUUGUAUGGAUCCACGAACCUCGCGCUGUGAUCUUUAUGUUAUCGAACACCCUAUCGCAAGAUUUCUUCAGUGACUACAAAGAACAUGGCUAUAACAUUCAAGUGGUCCACUUCAACAAGGAAAAUCUCUUACGUUGGCAUUGGUAUUUCGGCUCGGGCACCAAAGACUGGCUUCUCGGAUGGGACGAAUGGGAAAAGGGAUCAUUCUUUUAUUGGCAUCUCACCGAUUACAUCCGGUUAUUGCUGCUGUAUAAUUAUGGCGGCACUUACAUGGACAUGGACGCCCUGUGGGUUCGUAUUCCGCCAGAUCCGACUCUCGAAUUCAUUGGAUCCGAUUAUUCAAGCAUAUGGAGCGACAGAGAAUGGACCCUGGACAAGGACGGACUGUAUCUACCUCAAGGUCUGAUGAGAUUCAAACGUGGAUGGAAACUGUUUAGGGAAAUGGCAGAAAACGCAUUUUCCGCGUAUACUUACGAUCCUCAGUGCUUCAACUGCGGUGGUCCUAAGGCUAUCACUACAUAUGUGCGUGAGCAUCGCCAAGCGCUGGAAGCCAACGGGUUUAAUAUCUUGCCGCGCGAAGUCCUUUAUCCCGUCAGUUACCUGGACAUCCACAAAUUACUCGAGAAGAAUAGCCUGGCAGAGCAAGAAUUGAAGACAAAGAUUAUGCCAAACAGUUGGAAUAUUCAUCUAUUUGGAAAAAUGACCAAUCAUUUGCCGAUUGAAUCGGGCAGUGUCAUUGAUAUGGUCUUCCGGCAAUUUGACUUGGAUAUACCCCAUCGUGAUGCAAAAACUCAAGCAAUUAUUUCCAGCAACGGAGCGUGGUCGGUUCCAAUGAAAUUGGUUGGUCCACAAAGGUUUAUUUAUCGUGCGCCAUCUUUUGUGAAGACGAGAAAAGUACAGCAGGCAGCGCCAGGCAAAUUCCAUGGUCUAGACGUGGUAUAUGUUCGGGGUGGUCCAGCGAUUGUCGAUGAAGUCCGCAUCGAGGUUGCUGUGGAACGAAGCCGGUUCGAAAUUCAAGGUUACGCGCAUCCAUUGUCCACUGUCAGUAUUGAGCUUCAGCGUACAACGAAGAGCAAGAUCAAUCAACUCCUGAAUAGCUUGGUGUAUGUGCCGGAACGCUCGCUUGUAAACGAUGGUGGCACUGAUACAAUGACCGUCAAGGUCAUCUAUCCUACGGAAAAGGCCGAGCUGAAGAUGAACAUUGUUGUGGUAGAAAGUGCUGAGGGAGACGAUCUGAUAGAAGACUUAUAGAAAAAUCAUUUUCCAUUCGUAAUCUUCUCCUUCUGAUGCAUACUUCUUUUAUUUAUUCAUAUCUGCAUGCUAAAUCCCAUCGAAACAAUCUCAUUUCUUUAUCCAUAUCGUCAAAUCAAUAGAAUGACUGUAAUUCUUUAAAAG